AUGUUCGCCGUUGGCUGCAGCAUGGGCCCGGUGAUGCAUUACUGGUACCUCUGGCUGGACGCUGCCUUCCCGGCACGGGGUGUGCGGGGCCUGAAAACCAUCCUGAAGAAAGUUCUCCUUGAUCAGCUGGUGGCAUCGCCCGUCCUGGGUGCCUGGUACUUCCUUGGUAUGGGCACACUGGAGGGCCAGUCUUUAGAGGAGAGCUGGGACGAGCUGAAAGAGAAAUUUUGGGAGUUUUACAAGGCUGACUGGUGCAUCUGGCCGCCCGCUCAGCUCAUUAAUUUCCUCUUCGUCCCACCCAAGUACCGGGUGAUUUACAUCAACGUGAUCACGCUGGGCUGGGACACCUACAUCUCCUACCUCAAGCACCGG